CGCUGGGGAGGAGGAAGGACAUGACACGGACACCUUUUCUCCCAGGACUUGACAUGGACUCGCUUUACUCCAGAAACACUGAGAAAUGCGGCGCAGCUUGUUGACAGACUUCUAGAAUCGGAGGAUUUCUAUGCGCCGCGGUAGUUUGGAGCACUUUGAGGCAGCAGGAGGAGGCCAGCGGGCGAACCCAGCCGCGACUCACUGUUUACUGUUCGAGAAAUCAUCGACUUCGGAGAAAUGGCGUUAAUCCUGUUUACGAGGUCCCGGGCACCUUUAAUGAAAACCUCCCGGUCUUUAAAGAAUGAGUUCCGAAAAGGUAAAGGGAAACUGCAGGACGGUUCCUGUUUCAAAUGCACGAGCCUCAGACUCUCCAGUCAGAAGUGUGACGGCCUCCGGCUCAGCGGUCUGUCCCAGCUCUCCUCGUUCGGUCCGUCCCUCCCGCCGCCGGACGAGUCCGCCGCUCCCUGCCUGAGCUCGGACUCUCAGCGCCUCUACUGCGCCCUGGUGGCGGUGCCGUCCCCGUCCUCCUCCUCGUCCUCGUACCCCGGCAUCGCGGCGGGGGCGCGGUGGACGAUAGCGCGACCGCAGGACGUCCGCGGCGUCCGGUGGAUCCACGCCUCCGGCAGGAGGUGGGACGACUCCAAGGUGGAGAAGUCUCUGCGCUCGUUGAAGGACAAGAAGAAGAAGCUGGAGGAGGGGGGGCCGGUGUACAGCCCCACGCUGGACGCCGAGCCGGCCCGGCGGACGCUGCGGCAGCGCGUCCUGGACGAGGUCAAGCACUACUACCACGGCUUCCGGCUGCUGUGGAUCGACACCACCAUCGCAGGGCGCAUGCUGUGGAGGGUCCUGAACGGACACCCGCUGUCCCGCCGCGAGAGGAGACAGUUCCUCAGAACGUGUGCGGACGUCUUCCGGCUUCUCCCCUUCCUCGUCUUCAUCAUCGUCCCCUUCAUGGAGUUCCUGCUUCCCGUCGCGCUCAAGCUUUUCCCCAACAUGCUGCCGUCCACCUUCGAGACGCAGUCCAAGAAGGAGGAGCGGCUGAAAAAGGAGCUGAGGGUCAAACUGGAGAUGGCCAAGUUCUUACAGGACACCAUCGAGGAGAUCGCUCUGAGGAACAAGGUGGCGCAGGACACCGUGACCGAGGAGUUCUCCACCUUCUUCCAGAAGAUCCGUGACUCCGGCGAGCGUCCCAGCAACGAGCAGAUCAUCAAGUUCUCCAAGCUGUUCGAGGACGAGCUGACCCUGGACAACCUGACCCGGCCUCAGCUGGUGGCGCUGUGCCGCCUGCUGGAGCUGCAGUCCAUCGGCACCAACAACUUCCUGCGCUUCCAGCUCAUCAUGAAGCUGCGGGCCAUCAAGGCCGACGACAAGCUGAUCGCGGAGGAAGGAGUGGAGAGCCUGAACGUCAACGAGGUGCAGGCGGCCUGCCGAGUCCGGGGGAUGAGAGCUCUGGGAGUCACCGAGGAGCGUCUGAGGGAGCAGCUCAGCCAGUGGCUGGAGCUGCACCUGAACCAGCAGAUCCCCACCUCGCUGCUGCUCCUGUCCCGCGCCAUGUUCCUGCCCGACACGCUGUCGCCUGCAGACCAGCUGAAAACCACGCUGCAGACGCUUCCUGAGAUGGUGACCAAAGAGGCUCAGAUGAUGGUGGCGGAGAUGGAGCUGUCCAAGGUGGACAACAAGACCAAAGUGGAGACGACGCUGCAGGAGGAGGCGGCCAUACGCCAGGACAACAAGGACCGGGAGAUGGAGAGGCUGGCCGACGCCGCCGAGAAGGCUGCCAAGGGGGAGGAGGUGGGGCUGGAAGCCGACAGGAUGAAGCGGAACGGGGCCGCGGCGGCGCUGUCCAAGACCGAGACGAGCUCAGAGACGCUGAGGGACGUGGCGCCGGUCAUAGAGAGCAUGAAGGGCGAGGAGAUCACCAAGGAGGAGAUCGACAUGCUGAGCGACGCCUGCUCCAAACUGAAGGAGCAGAAGAAGCUGCUGACGCUGGAGAAGGAGGAGCUGGAGGAGCUGAAGGACGACGUGCAGGAGUACAACGAGGACCUGGAGGAGAUCAAGAAGGAGCUGUCCAAGACCGGCCAGGAGAAGGCUCUGGAGGAGUCCAAGGCCAGCAAGCGUCUCUCCAAGAGGGUGAACCGAAUGAUCGGCCGGAUCGAUAAGAUCAUCGGGGAGCUGGAGAAGGACAAGGUCAUCCUGGACGGCCAGGUGGACAGCGGUUCCACGCCGCCCGUAGGUCUGUUCUACACCUUCAGGGAGAACCUGAUCAGCAUCGACGAGCUCAUCGCCGUCAUGCGGCAGAUCCAGAACAUCCCCGAGCACAAGCUGCAGAGCAUCGCCGAGGCGCUGGACGACAACAAGGACGGCAAGAUCGACAUCGACGACGUCAUCAAGGUGGUGGAGCUGAUCGACAAGGAGGACAUCGACAUCUCCACCUCGCAGGUGGCCGACAUCAUGGUGAUGCUGCAGAAGGAGGAGAAGCUGAUGGAGAAGGAGAAGGCCAAAGAGAAGGCGGAGAAGGAGCAGGCCGCCACGCUCAACAGCUAACUCCACCAGCUCUGCUUUCUGUCCUCGCAUGCAGAACAAACAAACAAACAAAAAAACAAGAAGCCAGGUGUGGCUGCUACCUGGUAGGUGGAGGACGAGCCGCUGCCUUCACACAGAGACGACGCCUCCCUGGAAAAAUAACUUCUGAAAUAGGUUUAAUAAUAGAUUAUAAAAAAAAAACAAACAAAGGCUUUUUGCUCUAAAAUGCACAAUAUGGAGGAGAAUAUAAUGCUAUAUGUUCAUAUUUAGUUUUGUGUAAAUCUACACAGUGAUUUAUGGAAGCGCUGCCUGAAGGCGUCCAGCCGGGAGAUGAGGGUCGCAGGUCAGACCGCCUUGCCUUUUCACCUCAUUCACGCCGUCAUCUCAGAGAAAUGAGCGAUCAUUUCUGGACUUUUGCACAGUGAACAUCGCCACCGCCAUUCCACCCUCUUUUCUUUCAUGGUGUUUGUCCGUCCUGUGUGUUUUUCUGGGCCGUCCUCAGACGGUGUAGCUGGUUAGCGGCUAGACGAGGUCGACACGCUUCCUCCAACCAAAGACGUGGGUCCAGCUCCGCCGCUGGAGCUGGACUCACUCUGAAGACACAUUUCUUAUCAUUCCUUCACACAUCCAGUCCCGGUGAGGUGGAAACCAGCUUCUCCUCCUUCAGUAUUAAAGAGAAAUACUGUAAUUAACGUUGAAUAUUGGAUAUUUCGGGUGAAUCCGUCACCCGGGCGACGUGCAGCUCUUCAGCAUCCUCUUGUAAAGUAGUCCAGUUGCACAGUAUCGAGCAGAUUGUGGUUAUUUUCUAUCCUGACGGAGAUAAAAGAAUAAAAUGAGCUGAAUGUGUGUCAGAAGCUGCCGGGAAGCUCGUCUCUCACGUCUGAGCUCAGGAGUGGAGGACUGAUUGCGCUAAAGUGGCCUUCUCACAUAUACUUUGGUUUAUUUAUUUAGUUUUUUAGUAUUUCCAGGAUAUAUUUACGCUCUGACCUAACCGUGAGUUAGUUUGAGGAGUUCGUCUGUAUAUGAUGGAGAGUUUGAAUUGAUCCGCUCCUCUUUUUUUCUUUUCCUUUUUUGUUCUUUGCACUGAAUGUUUGUAGAUUCCUCAGGAUGAAUUCAGAUUAAACGGCAGAGCAGCUGCUUCUUUUCUAAUCCACAACUUUCACAGUUCAUCCCCAUAAAAUACAGUAAAAUACUGCGCCGAAGAGUGGAGACGGAAACCAGCCGGUCAGGAAUCGUUUCAGCGGCUCAGUAACCAUCAAAACACACAAACAAAACGUAUACGCACAUUAAUAAGCAUGCCGAUUUACAAAUUUGUGUAACGUAACAAAAAACACAAAGAAAUGAAUGCAAGACAAACAAACAUGCAGAUAAACAUAUAAACAAAAUAAUUACGCAAAUAAACAUACAAACAUUUGAGCACACAAAAUAUCUACAUACAAAAACAGGCAGGCAAACAUACAUAAAAACAAAAAACAUGCAAAUGAACAAAUAAACACCAGGUAUCGACAUGCAAAACACAGACACACACCUGUUUUAUUUUGAAAAUCUUGUUUUUCAGACUAAAUCAGGCAACAUAACGAUCAAAACCUUGAUUGGCUUCGGAGUGUAAACAUUACAACGCAGAGAAAAUCUCAUUUAUUCCAUCAAUUCACAACGGAUUAACUAAUCUGACGCUUCAGCUGCAAAGUUCAAAUUAUUCAUGGUGAAGAUUUUAUGUUAAACAUUUUCCCUUAAAAUGGAGAAAGAAUAGAAUUCGAGUCAUUUUAUUGAUCUUCAGUAGUUCAGCUAAUAGUGUUUAGUUUGUUUUAUCAUUUAUGAUGAAUAAAUUCAGUUUGUGACACGGUAUUCACAUUUUCCACAUUUAUAGUGGAUUAAAAACACGGUCUGACAUUUAAAUGGUUUUGAAAUAAUCAUUUAAGAGAGACUUUAGUUAUAAAAAAAACCAGAAAUGCUGAAAUUCUGAUUUAAAAAUGAGCUUUAAGUGAGCGAGCGUGUGGGGAAAGAUGCCUUUUUCAUCAAGUCUUCAAAGAAAUCGUGAUGGAAACAAAUAAAUGGGCAAAAACACGACUUUAACACCAAACCAUAACGAACAAAAAUUAGUUGGUUUUUUUUAAGUUGUAGAUUAAAAUCCUAUCUAGGUGCUGAUUUAAGACGUGCUGCUCUGAGUUGGAUCUGCGUUAAAGAAGACGGCAUUCUGCUGCCAUUUUUUUUUUUUUUGGAGUAGAGAGUCUAAUUGUUAAACGAGGAACAUGCAGGGAUCUGGAACUUGAACGUCUCGCGGUGCGUUCAGGGACACACCAAAGUUCGUCCCGGACGGAGCUUCUGUUGCUUUUUUUCCACUUUGCAUCCUUGUCUUCACGACACGCCGUCGUCUCUGCUUCAGCUCACAGGAGAUUAACACACACACACACACACACCACACACACACACACACACACACACACACACACACACACACACACACACACACACACACACACACACAGACUUCUGGGAAUAAAAACACACUUUUCUACUAAAACAAACUCAAUCAAAAUCUAAAAAAACACACAAACAAAAGGCUAUAAUCAUAUCCUACUGGACGUUUUGGUCAUUUUAAUAUGAGGUUAAUUUAUUCGUCAGGGACUCGUCUGACAGUUUUCUCUUAUUUAUUUAUUUAUUGGAUCAGGUUUUUUUCCCGUUUUCCUCUCGACACUCGGAGUCAUGCAGGGCAAACAGACGAGCGGCUCUUUGGUUUUACUUCAUCUUCAAUUGAAUGUAUCCGUUUGUUUUUUUUUCUUUUCUUUUUCACACAAAUUUUGUGUUAAAAAAAUCAUAGUUUUGAAUAAAUUGUGAAUAAUCUUGUGUUA